AUGAAGGACUUUCGACGUGGAGGAAGUCGACGUAGUGUUGCUGCAAACAUAGUACAACAGAAGGACGCAGCCAGAUUAUUUAUGAGCAGGGUUAACAACGUCAACGAGUUUUCGCAAUUUGCAACAAUGAUGGACGCGUCCAGCACAGCGAUAGUAUGCGAGGAAGAACGAGCACGUUCUUGCACACUUGUACUUAAAGAAGAAGAUAUAGUUUGCAGGAGAGCAGCACGCACUUCUAUUGGAACCCGUAGUAGUACUGAUGUGCAUAUGCGUCAACAGAUCAAAAAUCGACGAAGUUCUACAUCACCUACCAUGGUCGUCUUUGGUCGCAAAGAACAAGGCUGUGGAGAGGAUAGGGUGCAGCUGGUGGACGAAAACCGAUCAAAUAAUCUUCUACAAGAGCAGUAGUCUUCACACAAGAACUGGAGGCGGCUUUCUACUUGAUGAAUCGGGAAAACUCGGCAAUAUGAGCCGUCGCUCAUAUGGCUAUUUGAUCUGCUCUGCUGUUGUGUGUGUGUGUGGGAGCUGCCUCACUUCUAAGUCUAAUCUCCUAGUGCAUGAGUUGAUGAAUCUAUCUAGGAACGACAAGAAACUGUGUCUACUAAUUGAUUACUUGAAAACAAUACAUUGUGCUACUUAAUUUGUAGUGUCUGUCAAGAUUUGGUAAUGUACUAACUUAAGAAGUUGUCAAUCAAAUAUCGUCAAAUAAGACUCACAGGGGGGUGUGAUUGGUGUCCUCCCCUGACCGACCGGAUUUUAUUCGGAUCAAAUUUUUUAUGAAGAUCUUAUAUAUAACAUAUCAUCUAUUGCUAUUGCUGCUCGUAAUAAUUGUCAAAAAUGGUGAAUUGUUAUACCAUUGUGUCGUGGAUGGAUGUGCCCUGCUGCUCGAAGUAGAAAAUUAUGAAAAUAUGAGCAGGUCCAGUCUCAACCUUUUGUAGCGAGUAAUCAAUCGAAAUUUCUUGUCAAAGUCUGGAGGGGAGAGGACGGUAGUGGCUACAGAGAAAGAAAUAAAUGAUUCCUAUCUCAGGAGCUGUACUGCCACAUGUUGUAUUACCGAUAAAUAAAUACUUGUCAUUAGUGAUGACGGUCAUACUUGAAGAUGAAAGUCGCAUUCUGGAUAUCAGAGGUUUCAAAUACACAUCGUAAAGAAAUAUAUGAGUUCAUAACUACAGCACUAAGAGCAACAUAGUUUGUACGUGACCACAUCAUAGCUCUGUCUCUUUCUCUUUUUCUUUCCAUCAAAGUCGGCUUCCCAAGUACCUACUUUCAUGUCGAAGAGGACCAGGAUGAAACAGACCACGAUGCCAAGUUUUGAAAUCCACAAGCGAUGUUAGAAAACAAACCAACUUCACUACUCCCGUUCUCUCCUCGAAAGAAUGACAACGAUUAUCUAUGUUGAUUCCUGAUGAAUAUGAAUAAAAUGAUAUUUGCAUCUUUCUUUGACAUGAUAUGUUGAAUUCAAUCGUUACAAGUUUUUAGUUUGAGAAGACAGAGCGACGCUACUCGGAAGAGUAGAAGUCCAACGUUUAUUGUACAUAGAUCGAAGAAGACGAUUUCUAGAGGAACUAGCCCAGUUUUCUAGAAAAACUCGGAUUUUCGUCGCAGAUCAUAGAGAAAGGUGAAAUGUCAAUUUAUAAUGCUUUCUUCACAAUUAACUAUUUUGAAGAUGUCCACCUGUCGCUAUCUGCGCUCGUGAUUCAAUAUUUUAACUCCUUGCUGCUGUAAUCACAACAGCAAGUAUCGGUGUGUUGUCGAUGUACUAGCUCUGUCGUUAAUUAUGAAGAUGUACUUGACGUUUCCGAUUUAUUCAUUCUCCGGUGGUGUUGAAAUCUGGGCUCAUUCUAUACCUUGUAUCAUAGGGAGACGAGACUACAUAGUACUACCAAGCUGGACUUGCUUUUGCGGAGAUACAACGACAAGAAUACCUAUUUAACAUUCAUCAUACUUGCCGUGUUGUACUUGUUGUAAUCCCCACCUGACCUCAUUUCGCUGUCAAACUUAUAUCAUUGAUCACUUUUAUUUCAAAUCUAAGAUGGCGGGAUACGGCAAUGAGUUUUAUCCACCUGAAAGCGGUGGAUCACAUCCUGUCCUAUAAUGCCUCAUUGUUCCUACUAGUCGUAGUAGUUCCUUCGUUGCUGUGCUACUUAAGUAUAUUAUCGAUGUCUAUGUCCUCGCCCUGAUAAGAACUUCCGCCAGAGAUGAACUUCUUAGACAGGACGCGAUCAUUAGAAACUAACCUCCUCGAGCACGUGACUGCUCAAUUUGAGUCAAUCAAGAACGGUUAUUCAGUUUUUAAUAGCUAAGAUAGGAAAGUGGCAUGAUCAAGCUUGCGCGUGUCACUCUCCAUAUUACAACUUGUAACCAAUCUUUCUAAACGUAAACCUCAUCUUGCGAAGCAAAACCACCUAAUAGAGAAGAACGCACGCAACAAAGCGUAGCAGUGCUUUCCAAGUAGAGUCAGUCUUGGGGUACUUACUCCACCGACGGUAUUAGAGAUGUGUUCAUCUUCCCAAGGAGGGCGGCGUUGCUGAG